CCCGGCAAUAGGUAGUCAUCGGGGUUGCGCGGGUUCAUAGUUUCCCAUCGUCGUUCUUUAGAAAUUGAAUUUUUUCAACGCAUAGUAGGAGAGGAGAGAGCAGAGAGCAGAGUGGCAGUUGAUGAAGGACCCCAGAUCUCACCAAUUCCUCCGAUUUGGAUUUCUACUAUUACUAUUACUAGCCGUUGCGACGCCCUCUCACGCCGAAUCGUCGACGUGCUUGACGGUCUACAAACAAGGUGGCGCUCCGGCGGUCUUUCAAUCCCCUAAAUGCCCUCGCUGGACGCACUCCGAGUAUGCUUCCUCCCACUCUCGAACCACCGCCUCCCGCUGCCAGGCCGCCACGCUUCAAGGCCGCCGGAAGUCUCUCGAGGAUCGCACUCUCUGCGCUCUCGACGUACGCAUUCCCUUCCCUGGGAAAUUGGGGAUUAAGGAGGUUACAGUGGGAUUGUUGCUGUUUUUGAUGGGCAUAAUGGGGAUGAAGCUAGUGAAAUGGCUUCAAGGCUUUUGCUGGAGUAUUUCAUUUUGCAUACGUAUUUUCUCAUCGAUGCAUCGUACUCCGCUAUCUUGACGAAAGCUUCAGGAAGUUUGCAGACUAGUACAGAUCAUCAUUUUCUUUUCCAAUGGUAUAAUUGGGAUGGCCUACUCGAUCGGCAUGAAUUGAAUCUUGGAAGGUUUAAGCAUUCAUUCCAAGCAAAUCUUGAUGAUUCUUUUCACUUUGAAAUUUUGAAAGAAGCAUUAUUGAGGGCAAUUCAUGAUAUGGAUGCAAAGUUUUCUAAGGAAGCAUCCAGAAAGAACCUGGUUUCGGGCUCCACAGCCACAAUUGUAAUACUUGCUGAUGGUCAAAUAUUAGUUGCAAAUAUUGGAGACUCAAAGGCGUUAUUGUGCUCGGAAAAAUUUCAAUCUCAUGCAGAGGCUAAAGCCGCUUAUUUAAGAUUAUACAGGCAGGAAAGACAUAAUGGUGCUCUUUCACGUCGAAGAAACAAUAAAAACCUUGACUUGGCUUCCUCCACUGGAAUGGUGCAUUUUUCUGUUAAAGAAUUGACAAGUGACCAUCAUCCUGACAGAUACGAUGAAAAAUCACGUGUGGAAACUGCGGGUGGCUAUGUUAUUGAAUGGGGUGGUGUGCCUCGAGUAAAUGGUGAGCUGGCUAUUUCCAGAGCUAUUGGUGAUGUCUCCUUUAAAAGUUAUGGCGUCAUAUCUGCACCAGAGUUGACUGAUUGGCAACCCCUAACUGUAAAUGAUACCUAUCUUGUGGCGGCAUCUGAUGGAGUUUUUGAGAAGCUGAGCGUGCAGGACGUUUGUGAUUUGUUGUGGGAAGUACGGAGUUAUGAUUCUGGGAGAUCAGAGAUCUCUUCCUCGUGUUCCUACUCAUUAGCUGACUGCAUAGUGAAUACUGCAUUUGAAAAAGGCAGUAUGGAUAACGUGGCAGCUGUUGUUGUUCCAUUGGUAUCUACUGGGAUUUCUGGAAAUCUAUUCAAGGAAAGGUCAGUUGGAGAAGGAGACACAAAUUAUCCAGCAUUAGGACUGCAGGAGUCCACCUAUGAAGGCUCAGCCAAUGACUUCACAUAUGACCUAAAGCAAUUGAAGUAUGCUCAUCCAGUUGUUGCCAAGUUUGACAGGUUAUUGGUAAAAGGAAAACAUGGCUAUGUUGGCUGUUUCUAUCUAUCUGAGAACCUUGAUGAACAUGCAGAGUACAUGUUGCAAGAGAAGGAUGAGCAUGAAUAUUUUGUGUAUGACCUGCCUCAGGCUCUCCCUGAGGCCCUUGACCAACAGUUUGGUGGACGUCUAAAUUUGUACCAUGACCAGAAUUUUUGCACGUACCUUGGAAUUACUGUUGACAAUGCUAAAGAUCAAUGCACAAAUCCUGAAGGCUUUGCAAGUUUUCUUGCAUUGCUUGAAUCAGUUCCUUUCCUUGAUGCUGGUUCAGCUAAUGGAUCUGAAUAUUCAAUGCCUGACAGCAGGUAUGUACUAAAGAAGAGGUUUGGUCGUGGAUCAUAUGGUGAAGUGUGGCUGGCUUUUAAUUGGAACUGUCAUCAAGGCAACAACACUUCAAAUUCAAGCCUUCCUGAUGAAAACUUGCUCAUUUUAAAACGUAUAAUGGUGGAGAGAGGGGCUGCUGUUUACUUAAGUGGUUUACGGGAAAAAUAUUUCGGUGAAAUUUUUCUAAAUGCCUCUAGUCGUCUUGGAGGUUCUCUAUCAGCUGGAACAUCAACCUCUGUCUUGAAUGAAUCAUGGUUUGAUUUCUAUGGCUUGUUAGAGACAACUGAUUCAAUGACGUAUGGAAGCAGAAACAGUUGGACUUUUGAAAAAUUGUUCCAGGACAGAUUUAGACUGCAUGGAGAUUUCUAUGAAGAAGGGUUGAACCAUAUUGCUAGAUAUGUAGAGUCUUUUGAAUCUCAAGCAAAUGAAAUAUGGCUUGUAUUUCAUUAUGAGGGCGUGUCUUUAUCGAAGAUUAUGUAUACUGUGGAAGAAGAUACUAAUGCUGAUGAAAGAGCUGAAAAAGUGAACCAUGUCCAGAUGCUGCGUCCAUCAAAGUGGUGGCAUUGGUUGAAGACAACAGAAGCAGGAAAGGAGCAAAUGCGCAGUCUUAUAUGGCAAUUGUUGAUGGCGUUGAAGUCCUGUCAUGACCGUAAUAUUACCCAUAGAGAUAUCAAACCUGAGAAUAUGGUGUUAUGCUUUGAAGAGCAGAACACGGGGAGAUGCCUGAAAGGAAUUCCAAAUGGCCACAAUUUCACCACCAAAAUGCGCAUUAUUGACUUUGGCAGUGCACUGGAUGAGUUCACUUUAAAGCAUUUGUAUGGUUCUACUGGACCAUCCAGAGUUGAACAGACUAAUGAAUAUACUCCUCCGGAAGCCUUGCUUUAUUCUAAUUGGUACCGGAAGUCCACCAACACAACAUUGAAGUACGAUAUGUGGAGUGUUGGUGUUGUGAUGUUAGAGUUGAUUUUAGGAUCACCGAAUGUUUUCCAGAUUAGUGAUUACACACGCAUUCUUUUAGACCAGCAUCUACAGGGAUGGAAUGAGGGCUUAAAGGAGCUUGCCUACAAACUUAGAUCAUUCAUGGAGUUGUGCAUCUUAAUCCCUGGGAGUUCCUUACGACAUCACCAAACCGAGGGCCAGGCUCGAGGAUCACCAGCUUCUUGGAAAUGCUCAGAAGAAUUUUUCUCUCAUCAAAUAAAGAGUAGAGAUCCGCUUAAACUAGGGUUUCCAAAUGUUUGGGCUAUGAGGUUGGUGCGCCAGCUAUUACUCUGGGAGCCUGAGGAGCGGUUGAGCGUUGACGAAGCUUUGCAACAUCCAUAUUUCCAGCCCCCUCCCAGGGAAUGAGUUCAUUGGACAAAUACGAAUAUGUACAUCGUUCACCUACUGAUUUUCCUCCGAGGGGUACAUUGCUUCGUCAGUGUUGGUGAAUCAGCUGAUACCUGCCAUUUUGGCGGACGCAGCAUCUGCACGUGCUUUCAUCUUAUCAACUGUUUCUUCGUCAGCACUCGUUUCUUGCUCGGAAGUGUACAUAAGUUUGACAGAACGCGAGCAGAAUGAACACAAGCUCUGUUUGCUUAAUGGAAAUUUGGAAGAUUGCACAUACGUAGCAUAUCCUCGAAGGGAAUCUGUGCCUCACUUGCCGAUGAAGUUUGUUAAAUGAGCAUUUGGUGUUAAGAUCAUUUAGAUGUAUAGUUUAAUAUAAUUUAGUUUAA